GCUGGUUAGGGUUAAGGGUUAAGGGUUAAGGGUUAAAGCUUUGUUUGGUCUCCUAAUCGGUGUAUUCUAUUCACUUCCACUUCGCAUGCGAAUUUAAUUGGAUGGAAAUGUGCGCUGUAUGUUACGGUUCAGUUUAAAGUUUAAUACUGCUGCUUCUGGCUUUUCUACAACCUUUCCUUCGAAGACUUUGAUGCGAAGUUCUAGCCAACUUAGCAUAUAGCUUAACAGCAAUACUAAUGAUGAUGAGUGCCAUUAUCUAUUCCAUAUAUACAACUGAAAAUGACUUUCAGCAGGUAAAACCUAAUAGAAAGUUAACCCAUUAAGUCAUGCUAGCAUUGUGGAAUCUACUGCCACUGCUGCUAUGUGGCGUCCAAGGAAUACUGGGGCAGGAUGUGGCCAAGAACCAGAGUGAAUUCCCAAUUGAGCCCCGAAUCGUGGGCGGAACCAAGGCGAAGGAGGGUCAAUUUCCCCACCAGAUUUCGCUGCGCCUCCGUGGAGAACACUACUGCGGUGGAGUCAUCAUCUCAGCCACUCACGUCAUCACCGCUGGCCACUGUGUGAAGCACGGGGAUGUGGUAGUUUCGGCGGAUCUAUGGUCGAUUCAGGCGGGCAGUCUGCUCCUCUCGAGCGGCGGAGUAAGGAUUCCGGUGGCCGAAGUCACCAUGCACCCGAACUAUGCCGUAGGUGGCCACAACGACUUGGCCGUGCUCCGACUGCAGAGUCCGCUGACCUUUGACGCCAACAUAGCCGCCAUCCAGCUGGCAAGCGAGGAUCCGCCCAAUUGCGCAUCCGUGGACAUCUCCGGUUGGGGCCAGAUCGCCGAGAAGGGACCCAUCUCCGACAGCCUGCUGUACGUGCAGGUGACCAGUAUACCGAGGGGCGUCUGUCGCUGGCUGUUCUACUCUCGUUUGCCGGAAACCAUGAUUUGCCUGCUGCAUCCCAAGAACAGGGGUGCCUGCUUUGGCGACUCCGGCGGACCGGCCACAUACGGAGGCAAGGUGGUGGGCCUGGCCAGCUUGCUCCUCGGCGGUGGCUGCGGCAGAGCGGCUCCUGAUGGCUACCUGCGGAUCUCCAAGGUUAGGGCCUGGAUCGCGGAGAAGGCGGGCUUGUAGAGAUGUGCAGAGCAUUAUGUGCACUCUAAACCUCUAAAUAUUUAACAUAUAUGUAUGAGCAUUUGAAAAAUUUGAAAA